AUGCUUCUCGAUUUCAUCUCAAAUCCACACCACAACUACGAUCUCUCAAUUCAAGCUGCUGGUGGCCUAUGUACCAUUGCCUACAAAACCGAGACGUCUUCUAGACGCUUCUCGUGCCAUCUCAAAUCCAAACCACAACUACGAGCUCUCAAUUCAAGUUGCUGGUGGCCUAUGCACCAUUGCCCACAAGACCAACAGCUGCCCUCAGCCUACUGGCUACUGAAGUCUUCGCGAACUCCUCAAGAGGAGCGAUUUCUACAGUUUGAUCACAAUCAAGCCUCUCAAUCUCGAUUUACUCUCGAGGAGAGCAAGGAUCAAUUCCGGGGCUCGGCAAUGCAGCCUGGUUGCGAAUAUCGGUGCUUCCCUCCUGCUCCAGAAAAAAACCACUCGUCCGCGUCGAUUCACGACAAUGUACAAGCACGACACAAGUUUGCGCAUACUUCGAAAGAAGUCCCUGCAUGCCCAACCAGGCGCUUGAUGCCAAGAUGGUCCAGAGAUUGCAGCAUUUUCUUCUUCCAACCUUCUUCUUUUCUGCUCUCUCUUUGGCCAGCCGUCACAACUUGUUUUCGGCCAACCAUCUCAACCACCAACGGCAUUUGGACAACCAGUGCCAAUGGUUUCUACACUCCCUCGAUCAACACAACCAACUUAGGCCUUUGGCGAUGGAAGGAUGGGAAUCAAAAGUCAAACUAG